CACUGAAUAAGCUAUGCGCGUCGGACGACACACGUCGUCGGCGGCUGUGUGUAUGGGAUAAAAGCAGGCCUGAAAAAUCUCCCUGAACAUCGCAACCUUCUGCAAAGUCGCGUCUUAACUUCUCAGCACUAUGAAGCUCACCUCUACAGUCACUCUUCUUGCCUGCCUCCUGCUCGAGGUUGCCUCCGCUAUGCCAGCGAUUCAGGCUGAGAAUGAGAUUGUGAACGUGCGGCACGACGGUAUGAUUCAUCUCACCGACUACCUUAAACGCGGCGGCCCCAUCUACUGGUUGGAUAGCGAUGAAGAAGCAACCAACGCGAAAGAUGCUGCAAACGAUGUGAUCUAGACGCGCGGUGUCGCCAUUCAAGUCGCCUUUCGUGAAGGUUGAAUGUUGUCAUAUGGAUGCCCUUUAUGCAACCGUACUCACUGCGUGCAGAUGAUGAGUAAGACCUAGUACUGUUAACCACAGUUGACGUGACCACGUAGGCAUCCGAUCCCUGUAAUUCUAGUGACCGCCUCUUGGGGCUAUCUCCAUCUUCCUGUCAGCGUUAGAUACUCGGUGAAUCACUUCAGCUGUCUUGCAACCCGCAGAUUCAAUCCCUUGAAACCCGA